AUGGAUUUAACUUCCGUGCGCAACAUUUCACACUUGGCAAGCCACCGACAUAGCUUUCUUAAAUUCCCUUCCCGUUUCUGUUUACAUGGUACACUAUGCGAUCCAGCGGCUCAGGAUCAUCAGGAGUGAAAAGAAAGGCGUCUUGCCUUGAAAGUGGAGAAUCGUCCUCAUCAACUUCAAACUCAAGUUCACCAUUGAGUUCGAGAAGAGCUUUCAUUAGAGCUUCGAAUCGCGGAACGCUGAAGCGCGCUGGUCCGUACUUACUUGGGCCAAGGUUGGGCAACUCGCCCGUCCGUAGCAUUGUUCAGUGUUUAGCCAAAAAGGAAGGUACAGAUGACUUUUAUUCAAUCAAAAUUCUAACCCUAGCAGAUCCAGGACGCGAAAGUUACGACGACAAACAAGGAAAAAUGUUGUUACACACGGAGUAUUCACUGCUCUCUCUCUUAAACGAUCAAGAUGGCGUUGUGCAUCACCAUGGACUUUUCAAAGACGAAUAUUACGAAGAAGUACCGCUUGAAAAAGAUUCUACGAACUCAGCGGCAAGCCAUCGCUCUCAAAAUGCGUGUGCAAGACAAUUUAGAAUCCGACAUCGUCUGUGUUUAGUUUUGGAUUGCCUUUGUGCCCACGACUUUAGUUCGGAAACAGCGGACCUCAUAAACCUUCAACAUUACGUGAUACGAGAGAAACGGUUAUCCGAAAGAGAAACGAUUAUAAUUUUCCACGACAUCGUCAGAGUAGUGGAGUGUUUACAUAAGAGAAACAUAGUACACAGAGACUUAAAACUUGGAAAUAUUGUGCUAAAUAGAAGCACAAAAAGAAUAACAAUUACAAAUUUUUGCCUGGGGAAGCAUCUUAUACGAGAUAAUGAUCUGUUGAAAGACCAGCGAGGAAGUCCAGCUUACAUUAGUCCAGAUGUUCUUAGUGGGGCUCCUUAUUCAGGGAAAGCAAGUGACAUGUGGGCUCUUGGAGUCGUUUUAUACACCAUGCUGUACGGUCAGUUUCCAUUCUAUGACAGCAUACCUCACGAGCUGUUCAGAAAGAUCAAAACUGCAGAGUUUGUACUUCCAAACGACGGGCGCGUGUCUGAUAACACCAAGUCACUGAUAGGUCUGUUGCUAAUGCUAGACCCUCAAAAGAGACUUACAGCCUCUGGUGUGUUGGAUUUCCUGAGGAACACUAUGACAGCAAGUAGGUAUCUUACUAACACAGUCAGUGAACCUGCACAAGUUGUCCCAGAUAUAGAUGAGGAGUCUUCAAGUGACUCCACGAAGGAAUUUGAUAGUUCAUCGAGGCUAAGAGCACCAGAACUUGAACUUCGUUUGUCAAAAUAUCGUGACAAUGUGAGCAAUAAGGAGCCAAGACUGACUCUCACCCGUGAGAGUCUCACGCAGCCGCCCAUACGACGGAUUUCAGAGGACGCCCGACCGCUCACGGCGGCCGAAAUUCUGGCCCAUCGUCAUUUGUUAUAGCUGGUGAUGCUUGUCCAAAAGUGUAAUACACUGUACUAAUUGUAAAGAUCUGAUCAGUUAUUCUUCCCUUCCGUUUGUUAUACAUUUCCUUGUAAACAAGUGAAUGGAAAUUAGUUCCUUUUCAAAGUGGCGCCCUUUAGCCUAUAAAUUUGUCUAUUCCUAUCACCCAUUUGCUGGACAAAGUGUUGGGUUGAAUUUGGAGAAAUUGCAUUUUAAUCACCUCUAGGAGUCGAAGGCUUAAAAGCUUUUGGUAAUAAGAAUCAUAAAGAGACGACUCUUACAGGAAUAAGAGUAGAAACCUCCAAGUUGUCCCAAUCAACGAUUGUGGAGCCGAUUUCAAUCUGCUAUUAGUCGGAAAUAGCAUUGCAUUUGGUUGUGUAGCAACCAAGUUCUAGUAUCCGUUAAAAAGAAAAAAAAGAAAAAAAAUAUGUUGAAAUUUGCUUCCACUAAUAAAUCGUUAAAUCCUGAUUGGCCCUUGACCUACAAAAUUAUGCCCCUACAUUUCGACGAGAGUGUUCUCAGAGAAUUUUGCUUUAUUAUUAUUUUCUUUGACAAAAAUGACUCUCGAUGAAAAAAGGAUCCCCAAGAACAUACGUAAGAUGAUACCUUUCUAUGAUAAUCAAUCAAUUCUGUGAACAAUUUAUUUAUAUGGGCUGCAAAGAAGUGUUGGAAAUUCAAUAUGGGGGAUAUUUACAAACAAAUUAUCUAUUUCUGGCUAUUGCCUCCUGGUGUCUGAGAAAUAAGUAUUAUUCAAAAUCAAAUUCAAA